AUGUCACCCAGCCCAGCCCUGCUCCUGCUGCUGCUCUUGGCCACCAGCCCGCCCGUCCGCGCCGGCUCCCCCGUGCCCACCUGCCUCCACUUCUCCGAGCUCCUGCCUGCAAAGCUCAAAGAGCUGAGGAUCAAGUUUGAGGAAAUUAAGGAUUAUUUUCAAUCCAAGGAUGACGAACUCAGCAUCCAGUUGCUCAGCUCCGAACUGCUGGAGGAGUUUAAGGGGAGCUUUGGCUGCCAGUCGGUGUCGGAGAUGAUGCGGUUCUACAUGGAGGAGGUGCUGCCCAGCGCCAUGAAGACCAGCACGUCCCACCAGCAGAGCAUGGGCGACCUGGGCAACCUUCUGCUGAGCCUGAAGGCGAGCAUGAGGCGCUGUCACAGAUUCUUCACGUGUGAGAAGAGGAGCAAAACAGUCAAGCACAUCAAGGAGACAUUUGAUAAGAUGAACGAGAACGGGAUCUACAAAGCCAUGGGAGAGUUUGACAUUUUUAUCAACUACAUUGAGGAGUACUUGCUGAUGAAGAGAAAGAAGUGA